GUGAAUUAUUACCCUAACCCUCACUUCCAACCACCUGCUCAACUCUGGUGCCUGAAUUACGCAGGAGCGCGCCAACUAACGGAGGACUGUGGAGCGCUUCGUGGAAGCUGCGGGCUCAUCAACAACACCACGAGCCUCUAACAGCGACAUCACCGCUGCAAGCCUGCCGAACCGAUACACCCCGUCAGGCUCUCGACAUCCAUGCCGGUCAUUACGCUUGCGUUAUCCAUAUAGACUAUUCUCAUUCUGCCUGGUCAGCCAUGAUAUAACGGUCUUCACCAUGACUGUCUUCGCCCUCAUCAUCAUCAACAAGGCCGGCGGCCUGAUCUACAACCGCACUUUCCAUGAGGGCGGCCUGAACAAGAUUAGCACCAAUGACUACCUCGUCCUGGCGGGCACUUUCCACGGCGUCCACGCCAUCACGGCCCGCCUCAACCCCCUCAAGUCCGCGGCGGCCGCCGCCAAGCGGACGUCGACCACGUCCACGGCCGGCGGCAUGCCCGCGCGCCCGGAGCCGCCGUCCGGGCUGGAGGUGCUCGAGUCGGAGAACUUCCGGAUGCAGUGCUUCACGACGCUGACGGGCGUCAAGUUCCUGCUCUUCACCGACCCGACGCAGGCCAACGUGGACGCGACCAUGCGGCGCGUGUACGACAUGUACACCGACUACGUCAUGAAGAACCCCUUCUACCAGCUCGAGAUGCCCGUGCGGUGCGACAUGUUCGACCGGAAGCUGGGGUCGUACAUCCGCGAGAUCAAUAACAGGUAGGAACUGCCCUAGUUGGGAUGGCUGGGCUGGGGGCAGUGAGCGUGGGAAAGAUGUCAAGACGGGGUUUUCAAGACGGAGUUUUCAGGCGUUUUGUGGUAUCAUUACUUCGAGUAAGGGCGGCCAGGCCUUGGGGUUAUUCUCUGAAUGGGAGCA